AUGAAAGAUUUAAACCAGCAAAUCCACACAGAAGUCCCCGAAUCUCUUUACCAGAAAAUAAACCCACGGGAAACCAGUAUGAUAAUAAAAUCUCAAGAAGAAACCCCUACUACAACCAGUGAAAGCGAACAGUCUCCAGUUUUGGAAAAUGGCCACCCAGAUGUGACAUCUGAAUCGAACAAUUUCUCAUCAGAAACUGAACUCAACAUGGAUUUCAUCUCGAAAACUCUUGAAGAACAGCAAAUACCUUGCUCGGUUUGUAGGGAAAGUAUUACUUCUGCUGAUGGGGUUAGAGUGGGGGACAAGUUUUAUCACAGAAACUGUUUUGUUUGUGGGAUUUGUGAUCGUUACUUUGAUCCUUCAGACGAGAUUUUCAUCGGAAAAAACAAUAAAAUCCUGUGUGUAUCAUGUAAGAUAGCAAAACCAGAAGAGAUAAAAACAGUAGAUGUGUGUGUGUACUGCAAGAAGCCACUCGGUUCAGCCGCUAUGGUGGCGCUCGACUACAAGUGGCACCCUGAGUGUUUUGUGUGUGCUGAUUGUGGGGUAGUUCUCACAGGAUUCUUCAGAGAUACUGACGGUGUUCCGUAUUGUGAGCCAUGCUGGCUCAGAAACUUUGCUAAGAUCUGUAAUAAGUGCAGGGAGCCUAUAGGAGAGCAAGUUAUGACUAUUGAAGAGAACCAUUAUCAUGUUGAUUGUGUCAAGUGUUCCGUGUGCAAUAAAAGUUUUGAUAACGUUCUGGAUAUUCUGGCAAUCGACAGUGAUUUUUGGCAUGUAGACUGCUUCAAAGAGGCCGAAUCUGAAUCAGAUUCUGAGUCCACUUGUUCAACUUCGUCAGCUCUACUGGGUAUCUACAAUCAUUCACUCGGACUCUCAGCAAAUACAUCAACAUCACAAGCCAACUCGAACAGCGGCAACAAAAAAUCUCUGAAGAUCUCCACAGUAUCCUUCACACCUGCUCCCAAACCUAAAUCACUACAAGGUGAGGAAGGAGUCAUGUCACCAGUAGAAGUACCAGUGACGUCAUCUGAAGCAGCAGUGACGUCAUAUGUUGAGAUUAGCACUCCCUUACAACCUGAGCCAGAGGAGAACACUGAGAUGUGCGAGCCUUUGUUGAGACCUCAGUCAAACUGUAGCACUAAACAGAGCACAUGUUGUGUUAUUUCGUGA